GUUUUGACGAAUGACAAAUUCGCGACUUGUAAAUACUGCAAUAAUUUUGCAGUUGCCUUUAUUGACAAUUGCCAAAAAAUAAUAAAAUGUCAGAAAAUUUAAAUAAAAGGCCUGCAAAGGGCAUUCUAAAAAAUUCCAGUAGUUUCGAUAAACAAGAACAUCAACCCUCUGCAAAAAGAACCAAGGAAACAAAAUGGGACGAAAUGAAUAUCAUAGCGACUUACCAUCCACCAGGCAAAGACUAUGGCCACAUGAAAAUUGACGAACCCAAAACUCCUUACAGUUAUGAUGUAGAUAUGGUUGAUCAAAUAGAUGGACUGAAUCCUGAAGAUUUAGCCAGGAGGAUAAAAAUUGCAGCAGACAAACCACCAACAGUUCUGGCACCUGAAUCGGAUGAUGAAGAUGAUGAGGAUGAAGAAUUAACUGAUGAGGAUAAAAUGAAACGUAAGGAAUUUGAAUUGAAGAGGAAAAAUCAUUACAACGAAUUUUAUGCCCUCCAACUGGCUAGAAAAUUGCUCGAAGAAGAAGAAGAAGAAGAUGAUGAUGAUGAGGAAGAAGAUAAAGAUAAAGAGGGUGCAGUAGCAUCAGGAACAAGUAGAAGUAGUAAACCUGAUACCUCAGGCUCUCAUUAGGAUUUCAGAAUCAUUCAAAUUGCGGUUCAUAUCUAUUUUUACAGAUUUUUUUUCAAAUGGACAUAUUUGACAGAAGUUGUUUCCAGAUUACAGAAAUUGUACAAAUUUUUCCAUAAAAAUCUACUGAAACUUUAUACACAGACUUAAACGAAUUUUUUUUUUAUUUUACACAGAGUAAUUUUUCUAUCUUUUUAUUUACAAAUUCCAUUGGUUUAUUUACACUGAAUAUAUUUUUAAGAUGCGUUUGAGAAUAUGAACUGUGAAUUUAUUCUUCCAAUAGUCAAAUUUAUAAAUUAUCACAAAUGAAAGAAAAGGUUGUAGUUUUUUAUGGUGUAGAUUCCAGAAUGAAUAUAUAUUUAUAUAUUAUGUAGUAAAAACUUGCUGGUUUCAGGCUCAAAAGGGUUUAGAAAAUACAAACAACCAAGUUCUGUAGUAGCAUAGGGUAGUAAAAGUACAUACCCUCCUUAGGCCCAGUUUCACAAUCGGUGGUAACCAGUGCUGGUCAGUCAACUAGGGGUCAGAGGUUAACUGGGACUUCGCUCAUUAACCUGUUUCACACUACACAAACAAUCGUUGGUUAAAUGACUACACCUUUUCUAUGUAAAAUUGCGAAUAUAUCACUUAAUUUUAAGAAUAGUAAAAUAAUUUUGUGAAUAAAUCAAAUCUAAUUGAGAAUAGUCAACUGUAAGUGCGAACAUAUCAAAUGUAAUUGAGAAUAGUUAAGUGUAAUUGCGAAUAUAUCAUAUGUAAUUGGAGAUAAUCAAAUAAAAUUAGGGAUAAAUCAAAUGUAAUUGAGUUUUUUUAUUUUUCAAUCAACAUCUGUAUGUAUUUGUUCCUACUGAUUUCUGUUCAUCUUUAAGACGUUUACCGAAAAUCAAUAAAAACUGCUUUCUCAGACUCUGCACAGUUUGUUUAUUUUAAAAUCAACAAUCUCAAUUAACUUUAAUUGUCAGAUAUUAUCAAUAGGCUAAGUAACAAAAAUAUUUGAUAAUGUCUUAAUUAGGUAUAUUUGGUUAAAUCGCAACUACAUUUGAUGUAUUCCUAAUUUGAAUUGAUUAUACCCAAUUGCAUAUGAUAUAUUCGCAACUACACUUUACUUUCCACAAUUACAUUUGACGCUUUCUCAAUUACAUAUGACUAUUCUCAAUUACAUUUGAUAUAGUCGCAAUAUCACUUGACUAUUUGCAAAAUUAAUUGAUGAAUUCGCAAUAUAAACUGCUAUAUUCGCAAUUACACAUGGAAAAGGUGUAGUGGUUGAAUUUUAUUUCUCAAAGGUUGGUACUUGAUUUUUUGACAAAAUUUUAAAAACCACCUUGAAAAAUAAAAAAAGGCCCCUUUAAACUUCACGUUCUGUGAACUUCACUAUAACGUCACUUUUUGUGAUUUGUCAUUAAUAAUUAUAUUAAUUUUUGUCAGUGGUAGUAAAAUUUCACAGAUACCCCUAUUCAAUAUUGGGUUUUGUGUGUUUCCUGUUUAAAAUUAAAUCAUGAAGUCAAGUGAGAAAAGGUCUGCGAAUUUUUCAAAGGAAGAAAAAUAUUUAUUAGUUAGUGUCUCUCAUGCAAAAAUAUAAGUUCAUUAUAGAAUGUAAAAAAAGCGGCGCAUCGACGUGUAAAAAAUAAAAGAAAAUGCUUGGAGAAGGGUGGGAGCAGAUUUUAGUUCCAAUUGUAUCACUAACGGAAAAAGAAAUGCAAAAGUUUUCAUUCAAUAAUUUCACCUUUUCAAACUUGACACUUUUGAACUGCCCUAAAAAACGAAGCAUUUCAGCUAACUUAUAGUUAACUCAUACGCAUCCUUGGGUUAAUUCAACUACUGGUUAACUAAAGGUGUCACGUUGAACCGUCAAUAAUUGUGAAACGCUGUUUUCGCUUUAACUAGUAGUUAUCUCAUAACUAGUAGUUUACUACACUUUGUGAAACUGGGCCUUAGUGUCUUUAAUUUAUUUUAAGUUAAGCAUACAAUUUUUUUUUUAAUGUACAUAAAUAUUAUACUUAUAGUCUUAUGAUUUUUUAUAUUAUGGUGGUCAGAGUAGACCGUAUAUUUGUUAUAUUUUUUAAAGUUUCUAAUAUUGUUUUUGAUUUGUUUCUUGUUUUCUAAGUCUUGAUAACCACCAAUAAUACCUAAUACCGUUAUAAUAAAUAUAUGUACCUACAUAAUUUAGGAACAUAGGUAUAGAAAAUGAUUUUUUUUUAAAUUUACAUAGAGCCUAAUAAUUUUUCAUAUUGGUGACAGAGUACAGAGUAGAUCGAGGAGUAGACAGACACUGAAAUAAUUGUUAUAUUUAUUUGAGUAGACUAUCUAUUAUUAUGGUUUUUAAUUUAUUUGCUUUUUUUUUCUUAUAGCAGGGGCAAUCUUUUUCCAUGCACACUAUGCUAAAUGUGCCAUUUUUCUUUAUUUAAUUUUUUUCGCUUUUCAUAGUAGACUGUGAAUUACAUAACACAUUUCAAUGGUGUCACAUUAACUGGCAAAGUGCGUAGCUCCAUAAUGAGAAAACUUUUUAAGAGGUCAAUAGAACUGUGUAUUUAUGUGCAUGUUAAUAGAUCCACUAAAAACAUGGAAACAAUGAGGGAUACGAAAUUCCAGAAUAACGAAAUGACGCACUGAAUAAGCUAUUCUAAAUUUGUCUUGUUGAAAUUUGAAAAUAAAAAUUAUCCACAGAAUGGAAAAAAAUCCUAUUUUGGAUAACUAUUGGAGGUACACACUUUGAUAAAAUGCCUUACGCUUAACGCUGAGGAUGUCACAUGACUGUAAUGUCAUUGUCAUUUCUACAUGACGGUGCACAAACACUUAGGUCAGCAACUAAGCUUGUAGUCUGUUAAGUUCUUGUAUUUUUUUAUUGGUCAUCAUAGAGAACUUUGCAAUUAUUGCAAACCUCUAUCACUCGUUCCUCCAAUCAAUAAAUUAAAAGCAACAGAAGGAAAUAUAUAUUUAAGUAUUUCACUGUGAUCAUCGAAGUGUUUGUGUCCCAACCUUUAUGAGUUUUAAGAACCAAUUUCUGUAUCUUCCACACUGGCAGUCCAUUUUCUUAGGAAACAUUUAAUAAUAGAAUUGGCUGUGGGUAUAUUUAGCUAGCUUUAUACAAUUUUUCUUGAAGGUUGAUUACUAUUAUCUGCUUUAGCUAGAGUGAAAACAGUUUUUUUUUAUGGGUGUCCCAGAUCUACCUGAUUUGUUCACUAUGAGAUUCCUCAUUUUGCAACUCUCAAAUGUUGGAAUUAGUUACCACAAUAAUUUCUGGUUAUAGUCACAUAGUUCAAAAAAGGUAAUGACUGUAGUUGUCAGAUUAGGACACUCAUUUCUGCCAUAUGCUGUUAAUAUUUGUUUGAUAAUUAUCAGUUAUUUUACAUAUAAAUUUCAUCUACAAAUCUCCAGCUUCCCAACACAUUUCCAGUGGGUUCUAAUGCAAAAAACCUCCAUUAUCUGGGACACCCUUUAUAUUUGAAUUAUUUUUUACAUAAUAGGAUGUAUAUUUAUAACAUUAUUCUUUAUGUGUUGAGGAGCAUACUAUGUAUUUUAGUCCCAGAUCUUUUAAUCCCAUGGGACUAAAGUACUAUGAUCUUUUGAUUCCAAGGGAGAAAAGUAUAUGCCUAAUGUACUCCUGUUUAAGCAUUUGUUUAUAAGCAGAAUUCAGAAUCAAUUGAAUUAAGGAGAGUGAAUAAAAAUUAGGUACAAACAGCGGGAUUAAAGUGUCUUUAAAUUUCCUGAAUUGUACAAAUUUUUGGUGCAAGAUUAAAAGAUCCACUUUUGUCCCUUGGUAGGUAUAAUGAUAUAGGUACCUACUAGGUCUGUUUUUGCAGAAAUCACAAACCGCAGUCAGAGUGAAUUUCAUUAGUUGAAACUAGUUUUCUGACUGUUUUCAACCAAUGAAAUUCGCUCUGACUGGUUUGUGAUUUCUGCAGAAACAGACCUCUACUAUUUAGAAAACUGGAACUGCACUAAAUGUUCGCUUUUUUGUAAACUAGAAAUUCAUUAACAUGUAUUGAAGAAACAAAGUUUCUAUUGCAUCAAUAAACAAAAGACAUUUAAAUAGAUAAUCGUAAUAUAUUUAUAUAAUAGUCUGAGUCUAUUAAUUGAUGUUAAAAAAAUACACUAGCGAAAGAUAAGCAUGAUACACGGAUAUUAGUUUAUUUUUUUAUAGUUUUGACUGUACAAUUUUAAUAAAUAAUUCAAAAUAAAGUACAAUGAUAAAUAUAUUAUUGAAAUAAUGAGAAUAAAAGUAUCUAUUUAAU